AUGGACGCAGGUCCGCCGGUGAAGGCGGAUGUUCGCAGCGGUGCCCGGCAGCGAGCACUUGAGCUGAGCAAGUGUAUAGUCACCUGCGACGACUUGAUGGCCCGAAGGACGUUUCCUCAGGAGUGGCCUGUGAAGGACAAUGCAGAGGAUCCGAAUGCCCAAGCGUUAGGGCCGACCUUGCCAGACAUGGCCAAACUACAAAUCGAGGUGAAGCGUUGCAGACUGAUCUUGCAAUGGAGACGCAGUCAGGCUUCGACCUUCGGCCUCAUCGCCUUCUUCGGACUCUAUGGCGUCGUGUACUUGAGCCGCCUCACGGGAGUUCUGGAUCACUACCAGGAACGCGUUUGGUACCUUUGCAUGAACAUCACCACCAAGCUGAUUAUGCUGAUGCUUUUUUGGUGGUAUUCGCUCAAGUCGGUACCAUGA